GAAGUGGAAGCGGGCUACUAAUAAAGUAUUGUGUGUGUGUGUUAUCAGACUGGCGUGUGUCUCUAGUGAGCAAUAAAACACCAGCAGCGACGAGAGAGAGGAGGAGUGAGCCGGUCAGUGGAGGAGUGAGCCGAGCAAGAGAAGCGCAGGCAGUAGUGCAGAUAACUAUCCAUGAGAUCCUGAGCCCACUAAGAAGCAUUGUUAGAACAAUCAGUUGGAACAGUUACUGCACCUGUCAGGGGGCUGAGGUGGGGUUAUAGACCGGCUGGUAAGAGGACGCGGUGACUUCGUAAAACAGCAACAAAGUUCUAAACUGAAUGACUGAAACUGCUGCCCAUUACACACUUCAGGUUCAAUCGUAUCGAUAUUCUUUGAACAUCAGAAUCCUGUUGGAUGGUUAUCCUUAUUCCUGCCGUCUUUUUGUCUUACUACAGUUUCUUUGAACGUCUUACUUGGGAAGCCCCCUUCUAAUUUUUUUUUUUUUUAAUUGAGACCGUGAGGAACAGUGCCGUGUGGCCAGAGCCAUCGGGCUGAGAGUGACAGGCAAAGUGACUUUCGCAAAUAGUGACAGACGAGGUGGAGGUGCCAACCAUACUGUGACAUGAGAGGCAAAAGCGCAGACAUAGCUUAAACAGAGGAUACUGACUGAGCAGAGAGGGCGCUUGAGAGCUACUGGUGCAGCCACACAGAGGGGCACUAUCCCCUGCGAGCGCAGAGUAGGGAUUGCUAUAGUGUAAGGCAGCUCCUACACCCUUCUCUCCAGUUAUGUUUUACUAUAGCUUGGUCUAUUUCCUGGUCAUGUUCGCCCUGGGCAGAGCCAACAAAGUUUCGGGGGCUUCUACUGGCAAACUGCCCCCUGAACGUGUUGGGUCGAUUAUUCCCCAAUCUGACCCUCUUUCUCUGCAUAUGGCCAAACUGUAUGAGAAAUACUCUCGGGAGGGGAACCGGCCACAGGAUGGGAACACUGUGCGAAGCUUUAGGGCACAGCCACUCUCCAGAACGGUGUAUUGGUUUAAUCUCACAUCCCUUCAGCAGACUGAAGAUGUCGUGGCAACCACACUGCAUUUUGCUUCUGCAAAAGGUUCACUUUCUUCUAGAGACUCAUACUGUAAGAGGUCUAAAAACUCAUCUUGUCGACUUCUGAUGCCCACACAACACCAGAAGAUUAGUUUGGUUUUUAGGAGUGUUAUUCAAAACAAAACCUUGGGCUCAGAAAAAUGGAAUGUGACAAGCAUCUUUUACAAGAGGGGAGCCUGGCAUGUUAAAGAUAUCACUAAUAUCAUCAGAGAUGCUCAGCAUAAGCAAGACCUGUUCAUAUCAAUGGAGAUAAACUUUGGAGAAAAGUUUCCUACUAUUUUUGAAAAUGAUCCUAGUGAAUUGCCAUAUAUUUUGGUUUUUGCUGAUGACCGGGCAAUUUUAGAGCCUAACAGUGUAGCAUUUACCUUACAGAGAUAUGACCCAUUCCAGCCUAAUGGGGGUAAUUCAAAACAAGCACCUAAUACAUCUUCAGAAAGUAGAGUGAAACGGGAUACUUCUGACCUGGCCUCUACUCAUGAUAAUGAACUUCCUAAUAUUAAGUAUGUGCGCUAUAGCAAGCAAGAUCUAUGGGAAAACACUUAUAAGUCUCUAAAACACAAAUUGUCUCACAAAGAGAAGAAGAAGGCUCAGGAAAAUGCAGAAACACUGCCAAAAUCUCCAGUUUUGCACUUUGAUGAAAGGACCAUGAAGAAAGCACGGAGGAGACAAUGGGUUGAGCCUAGGAUUUGCUCUCGCAGGUACUUAAAAGUGGACUUUGCUGACAUUGGAUGGAGUGAAUGGAUUAUUUCCCCCAAGUCCUUUGAUGCACGUUAUUGCUCUGGGACUUGUGAAUUUCCCAUGCCAAAGGUCCUACGUCCAUCUAAUCACGCCACUAUCCAAAGCAUUGUAAAGGCUGUGGGUAUUAUUCCAGGAGUCCCAGAGCCCUGUUGCACUCCUGAUAGGAUGAACUCACUCAGCGUCCUUUUUCUGGAUGAAGGUCGAAAUGUGGUGCUGAAAGUGUACCCCAACAUGUCGGUGGAGAGUUGUUCCUGCAGAUAAUUGUGAAAGGAUUGUGUCCACCAUACGUCUCAACAUCUUUAAAGUAUCUAAUUGUUUUAGCAUACUACUUAUUUUACUUAUAGUCAGAUUAACCAGUACUACAGCCAUCUGUUGUGUGCACAAUUAUAGCAUAUGGGGAGUCAGCACAGACAUAUUAGGUUUUUCUGUGGCAGGAAAUCUCUACCAACACAGGGUGUGGAGAUAAAAAACACAGCUUGAUGACAAAGUGGAUGAUAAGUUUCUGCAUGAUAACCCAUAGACUCCUAAGGAAUGACUUGCCUUUCAACAAGAAAUUCCAAGAGUUCAGUAAAUUCAGUGUUGGCACAUUUUGAACUGUUUUGAAUGAUAAUUUCUUAUAUGAUAAUUACUCAAUGUAAAAAGAUAAUUAUUUGUAAAACAGAAAUGUCAGAGGAGAUGAUUUCUAUUUAAACUAUGAUCUAAUUCAAAACAAAAUUAUGUCUUUUCCAAGCUGAGAUCCUUGAAACAUCUUUGAAAAGUUGCCUCUAUUACAACAGAAAAGAGUUAUAUUAUGUGAAGAAUAUAUAUUGUCUGUUUAAUGUGAAAUGCUUUUUGUAUUACUCUGUAUAUAAUAUAUUUCAUACUUGUCACCACAAUUAAUUACUUUUGGUGUAACACAUUAAAUAGAGUUUAGUAGUUGAGAAAAGGUCAAAAACCACUGUAAAUUAAAUCAGCAUUUAUGUGCGAUUUAAUUAAACUCUUAAACUAUAUCACUUAAUACAAUACUUAACAGACCAGUAUUAUACUGUGACAAGUCGGGAAUUUCAUAAAUAGAUAAGAAAGCAAGGGAAGGUAAUGAUACAAAGUGGCACAUUUUCUUGCCCCCCAAUGCUUUUUGCCAGCUGGGAGUUGCUGUCAGUUGUGCCUAAUUCCAGAUUAACUAACUUUUUGAACCUCCAAUAUAAAGCGCAAAGAAUUACUCCAGACAGUAAGUGCUGCAUGCGUGCAAACCUUGAAAAUUGGCAAUUAGAAUCACACAUAGUUUGCUUUAGUAUCACUAGAUACCUACUUCCCAUACCAGUCAGUUGAACUGAAGAAGCUGCUCGGAUGAGUAGUGAAACGUCUUCAAUGAUUACUAAACAAGUCCAGUUGCUUUAAAUUUUUUUAUACUAGAUAGAUACCUACUGGUGUAUAUAACCUUUAGAGAUAAUGAUGUAACUAUAGCGGAAACAAACCCCAUGGUCAUGGGUGGGCUGGGGGCUUGGACCGUGGGGUCUGCAUCCUCUAUAGUUUUUAGAAAUCUCCCUUCCCCAGCCACUCUCUUACCUGCAUGAGCAACUGGGGAGCAGGGGACGCAAGUAAGCAGGCUAGUGGAAAGAUAUCCAGGUACCAGCUGCUGAGCACGACAGACCCCUCUUGUGGGGGAGGCCUGGCACACUUUUGUUACACCAUUCUUUAAAAGAAGGUACCAAAGGUCUUUUCAAAGGUACUGCAGAUUAAAAUUAUUUUGAAUAUUUUACAUAAUCUGUGAUUGUAUAACACAACAGGAAGCUAUGUGGCUGUAAGAAGGUAUUGCUAGUCUGGAUUUAUUAUUGUGAUUAUUGCAUAAAUGUAUUACUGUUAGAAUAUCAACAGGUAACAUAAUAAAGCAUGUCACAGUUUUCUAGGGCAAAAUUUCCUAACUUGCUGUUAGGUUCAAAAUAUCCAAAGAAGAUUUACAUGUUAUUCUUGAUUACUACCAUGACUUUCUCUUUAGCCCUUGUAUUUAGUGGUAAAUGUAUUACAUUCAACCCCUGCAGACGUGUAAAUAUAUAGAUAAAUGCAACAUUUGUACUCAACAGGAAUUCAUAGGGCUUCAAGAAAUAAGCCAAGGAACAUUUCAUUGUUUUUGAAUUAUUACUUUAGGGAUUAGGGAAUGGUCAUGUAUUUUAUAUAUGUAUUUUCCUAUCCCACCACAGUUGUGUGCCAUACCCAUAAUACUUCUCCUUUCCAGAUAUGAUAUGCUGCUUUAAAUAUCACCUGGAGGGGAGUGCAAGUAAUGUUUUAACAAGGAAGACUUUAUAGAAAUAGCAUUUUACAGGAGUUUAGCAGACUUGUUUUUGCUCUGAAAUUUUCAAUAAUUACAAUAAAAGUAAAUGGAUACAGAAAUGGCAUACACAGUGCUUUGGGGCAAAUUGCAUGGGGGCCAAAACAUCCAAAAAUACCUUUAAAUACACGGGUAGCAAAACAUCCAAAAAUACCUUUUAAUCCAAAAGAAUGUGUCUCAGAGGUGGCCCAGAAAAAAAAUGUUGUGGAGGCCCUGGCCCCCAAAGUUAUGUCUAUAUGCAGGCAUCAAGUUGCUAUUUGUCAGGAUGAAAGUUCCUGUGUAGAACUGAAUCGUUGGUCACAAUAAACCUCUAAUUAAUA